CCACUCUUGAAUCUGGGAUGGAGGAAAGGGCGGGUCAAGGCUCCGAGGGUCUGGGUGGGGCCCGUCCCGAAGGCUGGUUUGGGCCGGGAGGGGCGACGGGGUGAAAGGGUAUAGAGAAAGCUCUCAGCACCAACCACUUGGAGUACUGCAGGGGCGGGGAGGGCAGCGGGAGGCUAGUCUAGUUAGUGCCCCGCGUGGGACCACGUGAUUGGAGAGGUUCCGCCCUAACCCUUUCGAGUCAGGUGUUCGAAUCCCGUCUCCAGAACUGGCGGCGUCCCAUUCCCGUCGGCGCGAGGCGCCAGAGGACCCGCCCUGGGGCUCAUGGCAGCGCGGGUCCGCAUGGGCCGGAAACGCCCGCUGCCGGUUUGCCCCAACCCGCUCUUCAUACGCUGGCUAACCGAAUGGCGGGACGAGGCAGCCAGUAGGGGGCGCCGAACGCAAUUCGUGUUUCAGAAGGCGCUGCGCUCCCUCCGGCGGUACCCACUGCCUCUGCGCAGCGGCAAGGAAGCAAAAAUCUUACAACACUUCGGAGACAGGCUCUGCCGUAUGCUGGAUCAGCGGCUGCAGCAGCACAGAGCAUCAGGCGGUGACCAUGCUCCAAGUUCACCAUCUGGAGAGAAGAGUCCAGCCCCAGAAGGGCCACUUGCCAGAGCCCAGGACUCUUCCGUGCCAGUUUCAGCCCAGCCCAAAGCAGGAGGCCGUGGCAGCUACCGGCCCACUCGGCACUCGGGAGCCCGGGCAGUCCUGCUUCUGCUCUACAGGGAACACCUGAAUCCUAGUGGUCAUGGCUUCCUGACCAAGGAGGAGCUUCUGCGGAGGUGUGCCCAGAAAACUCCCAGGGCGGCCCCUGGGAGUGCUCGACCCUGGCCAGCCCUCCGCUCCCUCCUCCACAGGAACCUGGUUCUCAGGACACACCAGCCAGCCAGGUACUCAUUGACCCCUGAGGGUCUGGAGCUAGCCCAGAAGCUGGCUGAGUCAGAGGGCCUGAGCUCACUGAAUGUGGGCCUCGGACCAGAGGAGCCCCCUGGGGCGGAGCCGGAAGAGCCAGGAGCAGCCUCCGCUGAGCUUGGCGCCAGCGAAGGGAGUGCCCAGCAGCUGUCACUGGAGCUCAGGCCUGGAGAGUACAGGGUGCUGUUGUGUGUGGACAUCGGUGAAGCCAAGGGGGCCAGGCACAGGCAAGAGCUGCUCCUCGAGCUACAGCGGCUGCGUGUCACCCACACGGUGCGCAAGCUGCACGUUGGGGACUUCGUGUGGGUGGCGCAGGAGACCGAGCCCGGAGACCCAGCGAGACCUGGGGAGCUCGUCCUGGACCACAUCGUGGAGCGCAAGCGGCUGGACGACCUGAACAGCAGCAUCAUGGAUGGCCGCUUCCACGAGCAGAAGUUCCGGCUGAAGCGCUGUGGCCUGGGGCACCGGAUAUACCUGGUGGAGGAGCACUGCUCGGCGAACCACCUCAGCCUUCCAGAGAGCACGCUGCUGCAGGCUGUCACCAACACUCAGGUCAUCGACGGCUUCUUUGUGAAGCGUACAGCGGACAUUAAGGAGUCGGCUGCCUACCUGGCCCUCAUGACGCGGGGCUUACAGAGACUCUACCAGGGCCAUACCCUACGCAGUCGCCCCUGGGGAACCUCCGGGGACCCUGAAUCGAGGCCUGGGCCCUCUCCAGAUCCUCUCUGCUCACUCCUCACCUUCAGUGACUUCAACGCGGGAGCCAUCAAGAACAAGGCCCAGUCAGUGCGCGAGGUGUUCGCCCGACAGCUGAUGCAGGUGCGCGGUGUGAGUGGGGAGAAGGCAGCGGCCAUAGUGGACCGGUACAGCACCCCUGCCAGCCUACUGGCCGCCUAUGAUGCCUGUGCCACCCCCAAGGAACAGGAGUUGCUGCUGAGCACCGUCAAGUGCGGCCAACUGCAGAGGAAUCUGGGACCCGCUCUGAGCAGGACCUUGUCCCAGCUCUACUGCAGCCACGGCCCCCUGACCUGAGCCACGCCACGAGGCCGACUCCAGCCCCCACCUUCACAGGCUAGCCAGCCUUUUCAUCGGAAUCUUUUGGGCUACGAUAAAAGUAGAAGUAUUUGCAGCCUUAUGUAUUAUGAAGGUGGUGCCAGGCCCCAGGGGCCUUGUGAAAUAUCCAGGCAGGAACUGGGGAGACCGGCAGGUCCAGUGAUUUUUAAACUGAGCUCCCCAGGACCCUAGGGCUCCCUGGUGGAGCAUUGAGACCACCCGGGAGAUGGAGUAAGCAAGGCACUGCAGCUUGGAAUCUAGUCCUAGGUCAUCAGACUUCCCUGAUCAAAUAAAAUUUCCUUUGAUGAGAGGUUCUGUAGCUUGGAAAAGAAAAGUUUGGAAAGCA